AGAAAUAUCCAGACAGAGGCAGGAGCUGUGGUCCAGGAGGGCACCUGGGGUGAAGCAGCGGGGUAGAAGGAACAACAGCAGGUGCUGCAUGGAAUAGACAAAGCUGGGACUUCUUUCAGAAGAGCACCAGCCAUGCCAAACCCUGGGAUUCGAUACCAGCUAGGGGACUAACACCUGGGAGAGAUUUUGCAAGGAGGAAUUUAGGACUCGAAUAGGACUAGCCUUCUGUCCAAUGCCAGGGCAAAGAAAUGGAUGGUUACAACAGUAGCAAAGGAAAUCUUGGAGCCUUCUCAAAGGGAUGUGUUCAACCACCUGACACAGAUGGAAACAGCCACUGCUUGCAACUUUAAGAACUCACUGAAAGGAAGUAAAAGCGAAUAGCAGUUUUCCAUCAUGGAGCUUGUAGGCUCUACUUUAACGGCAACUUACGCCCACCCAAGACCAACACCUACUAACUUCCUACCAGCUAUCAGCACCAUGGCAUCGAGCUAUAAGAACCGGUUCCCUCACUACUCUUUGACCCAUAGCUUGAGCCUUCCAUGGCGACCCAGCACUUAUUAUAAAGUAGCAGCCAUCACUCCUACUUUGGCUCCCUUCUCCAAAAGCUCCCAAGGGUUAACCCAAAGCAAGAUGCUUCCCUUUGUUUCCAAUAGAACAGCACUUUUCACCAGGUAUACCCCUGAUGACUGGUACAGAUCUAACCUGACCAAUUACAAAGAGUCAGAGACGUCCCGGCACAGUGCAGAGAGGCUAAGAGUGGACACAUCCCGCAUGAUCCAGGACAAAGAUCAGCAAACAAGGAAAACCCAAACGGACACUACCAAAAAUUUGGGAGAACGGGUCAACGAUAUAGUAUUUUGGAAAUCAGAGCUCAACCAUGAGAUAGACGAGAUGAUUGGGGAAACCAAUGCUCUUACAGAUAUGAAGAAACGAUUGGAAAGGGCCUUGGCUGAAACAGAAGGUCCUCUCCAGGUAGCCCAAGAGUGCUUACUUCAUCGAGAGAAGAGGAUGGGAAUCGACCUAGUCCAUGAUGAUGUGGAAAAACAGCUGUUGACAGAAGUUGACGUCAUCAAGUCGUGUCAGGAGAGGAUGAAACGCCACCUGGAUAAGGCGAUAGCCCAGCUUGCAUCUGACAGGGCAGCCCAGCACGAGCUGGAGAAAGACCUCAGUGAUAAGCAAGCAGCUCACCGGAUCGAUGACAAGUGUCACCAUCUAAGGAACACUUCUGAUGGCAUCAGUUACUACAGAGGAGUGGAGCGGGUUGAUGCUACGAUCUCUGUGCCAGAGUCCUGGGCCAAGUUUACAGAUGAUAAUAUUCUCCGCUCCCAGAGUGAACGAGCUGCCUCCUCCAAACUGAGGGAUGAUAUUGAAAACUUGCUGGUUGUGACUGCAAACGAGAUGUGGAACCAGUUCAACAGAGUGAACGUUGCGUUCACUAAUCGAAUCUCUGAGACAGCGGAUGCCAAAAAUAAGAUCCAGACACAUCUGGCUAAGACGCUACAAGAAAUCUUCCAAACAGAGAUGACGAUAGCAGCUAUUCGAAAAGCCAUCAGAGACAAAGGGCCGCCAUUAAAGGUGGCCCAUACCCGCCUGGACGAGCGCACACGGCGGCCAAACGUGGAGCUGUGCCGGGAUUCCACCCAGUUACGCCUGGUUAAUGAAGUCCAUGAAAUUGAUGACACCAUCCAGAGCCUUCAGCAGAGGUUGAGGGAUGCAGAAGACACCUUGCAGAUGUUGGUCCACACCAAAUCUAAUCUGGAGCAUGACCUGGCUGUCAAAGCCAAUUCCCUGUUCAUUGAUCAGGAGAAGUGCAUGGGGAUGCGUAAGACCUUCCCCAACACUCUUAGGCUGGUGGGGUACACAUAGGCCAAUAUAGCCCUGAAGCUGCUCCUGCACUGAUUAAUGAAAGCAUAUAUGGAAGGGGUUUCCUUGGUGGCACUACAGAGUUUUAAUAAUAUGGGGUUAUAUUUUCAUGUAUUACAGGAUGCACUAAUAGGAAUU